CUUUCCGGGCUGCGGUGAAAACACGGAGACUCUGAAUCCGCCCCAUGACUAACUCCUGUACCGCGGAGGAGCCGGGACACACACACACACACACACACUUACACUCACACUCACACACACACACUCUGGGCAUGCUCAGUAGUCUGGGCCGUUUCAGGCUCCUGCCACCACUAGCAGUGGCAGCAGGAGCAGCAGGAGCAGCAGCAGGAGGAGCAGCCCCGCCGCUACCGCGGCCGCUGCUGCUGAGUCGGAAGCCUGUGCAGAGGGACCGGGGCUGUCAGUGAGAGUAGAAGGGCGCGCGCAGCGGCGGCUCGGGCUCCGGCACCUGGGGCUCCUCGUUGCGGUCGGAGCAGCAGCCGUAGUAGCAGUCCCAGCCGCGCCAGAACCGGCGCAGUCAGCUCCUCUCCAGCCAGGACCUCCUGGUUCCCCACCUGGCCCCAGGGCCCCUGCCCCUCCUUCUUUUAGGGGAGGGGAGGGAAGGUGUCCGGCAGCUCUUACUCCCCUCCAGCCUCCCCAUUCCCUCGUAGUGCUCCAGAGGCAGGUGGUGGCUUGGGGGGGACCAUGGCCGACGUUUACCCGGCCAACGACUCUACCGCGUCUCAGGACGUGGCCAACCGCUUUGCCCGCAAAGGGGCGCUAAGGCAGAAGAAUGUGCACGAAGUCAAGGACCACAAAUUCAUCGCCCGCUUCUUCAAGCAGCCCACCUUCUGCAGCCAUUGCACUGACUUCAUCUGGGGGUUUGGGAAACAAGGUUUCCAGUGCCAAGUUUGCUGUUUUGUCGUUCACAAGAGGUGCCAUGAAUUUGUCACUUUCUCUUGUCCGGGUGCAGAUAAAGGACCUGACACGGAUGACCCCAGAAGUAAGCACAAGUUUAAAAUCCACACAUAUGGAAGCCCAACAUUUUGUGAUCACUGUGGCUCACUGCUCUAUGGACUUCUACAUCAAGGAAUGAAAUGUGACACCUGUGAUAUGAAUGUUCACAAACAAUGUGUAAUAAAUGUUCCAAGCCUCUGUGGAAUGGAUCAUACAGAAAAAAGAGGGCGAAUUUAUCUGAAAGCAGAAGUCACAGCUGAAAAAUUGCAUGUCACAGUGCGAGAUGCAAAAAACUUAAUCCCUAUGGAUCCAAAUGGACUUUCAGAUCCCUAUGUGAAGCUGAAACUUAUUCCUGACCCUAAAAAUGAAAGUAAACAGAAAACCAAAACAAUCCGCUCCACGCUAAACCCACAGUGGAAUGAAUCAUUCACAUUCAAAUUAAAACCUACAGACAAAGAUAGAAGGUUAUCUGUCGAGAUCUGGGACUGGGAUCGAACAACAAGAAAUGAUUUUAUGGGUUCACUUUCAUUUGGGGUAUCAGAGCUUAUGAAAAUGCCAGCAAGUGGAUGGUAUAAGUUGCUUAAUCAAGAAGAGGGUGAAUACUACAAUGUUCCCAUUCCAGAAGGAGAUGAAGAAGGAAAUAUGGAACUCAGGCAGAAAUUUGAAAAAGCUAAACUUGGCCCUGUUGGUAAUAAAGUGAUCAGUUCUUCAGAUGACAGAAAACCAACCAACAACCUUGACAGAGUCAAACUCACAGAUUUUAAUUUUCUCAUGGUCCUGGGGAAGGGCAGUUUUGGAAAGGUGAUGUUGGCUGAUCGGAAGGGGACAGAAGAACUAUAUGCCAUCAAAAUUUUGAAAAAAGAUGUGGUGAUACAAGAUGAUGAUGUGGAGUGCACAAUGGUAGAAAAGAGAGUACUAGCUCUCUUAGACAAGCCUCCUUUCUUAACACAACUGCACUCCUGCUUCCAAACAGUUGAUCGUCUUUAUUUUGUCAUGGAAUAUGUCAAUGGUGGAGACCUCAUGUACCACAUCCAGCAAGUAGGAAAAUUUAAGGAGCCACAAGCAGUGUUCUAUGCAGCAGAAAUUUCAAUUGGAUUAUUCUUCCUUCAUAAACAAGGGAUCAUUUAUAGAGAUUUGAAAUUAGACAAUGUCAUGUUGGAUUCAGAAGGACAUAUCAAGAUUGCUGAUUUUGGAAUGUGCAAGGAACAUAUGAUAGAUGGAGUCACAACCAGGACAUUUUGUGGGACUCCAGAUUACAUUGCCCCAGAGAUCAUUGCUUAUCAGCCAUAUGGAAAAUCUGUGGACUGGUGGGCCUAUGGUGUUCUGUUAUAUGAAAUGUUAGCUGGACAGCCUCCAUUUGAUGGGGAAGAUGAAGAUGAACUCUUCCAGUCCAUAAUGGAACACAAUGUUUCCUACCCAAAAUCAUUGUCUAAAGAGGCUGUUUCCAUCUGCAAAGGACUAAUGACCAAGCAUCCUGCAAAACGUCUGGGCUGUGGAUCUGAGGGAGAAAGAGACAUCAGGGAACAUGCAUUUUUCAGAAGAAUUGACUGGGAGAAACUAGAAAACAGAGAGAUCCAACCACCCUUCAAACCUAAAGUGAAAUUCUGUACCAAAAUGCAUUGGCUUCAUUGGGCUUCAAGGUCUUCGUGUGGCAAAGGAGCAGAAAACUUUGACAAAUUCUUUACACGAGGACAGCCGGUGUUAACACCACCUGAUCAACUGGUCAUUGCUAACAUAGAUCAAGCCGAUUUUGAAGGGUUCUCUUAUGUCAAUCCACAGUUUAUUCACCCCAUCUUGCAGAGUGCAGUAUGAAACUGACCAACAUGAAUAAAAACCCCAAUUCCCCAGUCUCACCCACAGUGUUCCUUAAUUCCUAAAAUUUUAAGGUCUCAGUCUUGUUGCUUAUUCCAGUUGGAGACCUGAAAAUUGUAGGGUUAGAAGUCUAAAUGUGAUCAACCAUUUAGGAUCUCACUUUCAACCAAGAAACAUUGUCUUAGUAGUGAAAGCUGAUAUAGUACCCAGUUUAAUCUUUUAGGAGCCAUAGCUGGUUACAAGCAAACAAAUUCUUAACCCGAUUUUGGUAUGUUUUGAUAUAUUUUCUUUAACUUUCACCUGUCAAUUUUCAUCAAUAGAAUUGCUCAUUAUAGAGUUCAAGUUAGAACACUCUCGUUAUCUGAUCGGCUGAGGAUUUCUUCAACUGAACAGCCUUUGGAAUGGAAGCACAGAAAACAAAGAAACUAAGCACUGAAUUGGGAAUCAGAUAUUCUUAUGGUCUUUGCUAGUUGAUUUUUUAGAAAAUUACUAGAAAAGAUCAAGGAGGAACAGAGGAGUACAGAGGAAUGAUCACACAGUUGCAAGCUAAACAUUCCCAAAUAUUGGCUGUUCAUAAUCCAACCACAGCCCAUCAGCUCUCAAUUUUAAAAGACCAAAAAGAAAGAAAAGACAAAAAAUAUCAGACAAAUGUUUCAUGAAUUCAUCAUAUCAUGUCUGACUGGUUUAAUAACUAGUUUUAAAUUGCAUUUCUAUUAAGAGGCCAAAUAUUUUAAGAACAAUGCUAAGGUAGCAUGUGAAAUCAUUUCAGAUCAAAAAUUAAAAUUCCAUAUUUAUGUUCAUGUUAAUCUCUGAGAGAUUAUCCUGAGAUCCAGGGUGCCAUUGUUAAUUAUGCCACUAUUCAAGAGCAUUGUUAGCCAAUCUCACCAAACACGAUAUUUUGCUACUGACUUUAUUAACUUAGUAACAAGCUGAGCUGUAACCCUUUCCCCCUUUUGUACUUAUUUAUUUAAUAGGCUGCAGUGUUGUUUAUGAAAGUACUAUGUACAAUAUCUUAAUGAAGUAUUGAACUAGAGAGUCCAUCCCUAACAUUGGGGAACUUUAUCCCUCUGAGUUUCCUUAGAGAGAAAACAAAAAAAGGCUUCAUUUUCCAUUUUCAUUUCCCAUUGAAUGACUUACCUGAAGAUGUAGAGUUAGCCUGGAUUAAAAUCACUUUCCCCAAACAUUUAAUUGCUAGAAGAGAUUUACUAUGUUUUGCAUCUGCAUCAUGCAAUGAAUUUUGCAUGUUUAUAAUAAAUCUUAAUCUAUACUGUCAAUAUUUAUCAUAUGCAAUAUAGGGAGAGUAUUAUAAUUUUAUAAGGCACACUUUGUGUUAUAUUUGUGUAGGCUCUCAUUUCUAAGCAAUUUCCCCCUUGUUUAGAUUCUAGCUUUAUGUUCUGCUAUCAUGAUUUUCUCCCUCAGUGCAUCUCCUGCUGACUAUCACUGGUAUCAAGUAUAUUCAUUUUUUUAUCAUAGAUCAGCUAUCCAAAAUGAAUGGCUACUUUACAUGAUUUAGUUGGGCUUUUGUUCUAUCCGUCAGCUUCUACCUAUAAAACACACACACAUACAUACAACAGAAGAGAGAGAGAGAGAAUUUUUUAUUCUAGGCUAGAAGGUGUUAUUUUUUAGAUGCCACACUUACCUUAAUGCAAUCUUCUCCUUGUUGGCUCAUGCACAAUAAUUCCUCAAAGAGUUAAUGAGAAGUGAUCGUUUCCAAUACCAUAAUUUAUGCCCAAUUAGACUGUCUCUCAGCACCUUGGACCUUGUUUGUGUGAGUGUCUUGUGGGCAAAAGAAGGGCAGCAAAGGUUGCCUUCUUGGUAGGCAUGGGAAUGCCAGAAGCAUGUUGUCUGCUUUGCUAUAUGUAAAACAAGCUACUGUCUUUUCUCAACACAUACCAUGCUGUCAUGAGAGCAAUACUUGCCAUUUGAGAUUUAACAUUGCAUCAGUCCCAGUUAUUAAAGGGGUCUCCCAACUGUGCCAAAAGUACUCCAUUCCAGAAUGAACAUUUCAUUAUGGCUACUGGUAGAAGAGUGCAAAUGUAAGACAUCAUCCCAAAAGCAAAGUAGUCAAAGGAAUUUAAAAAGAUGACUCAAAAAUAGAUGAGUUACAAAGUAUUCACUGGCUCAUGCAGAAAGUUGCUAGAUUUAGCACUAAUCUAAAAGUUUAGCUCCCAACCAAGUCUCUCCAUGCUUUCAAGCCACAACCACACACACGCACACAUACAUACAUGCAGCGUUUUAAAAAAGAGAGAUUCUUCUUAACAUGUGGGCUACUGAGAACUCUCUGUGAUGUGCUGUACCCACACUCCUGGGUUCUACAGUUCCUAGCAGAAGUGAGAAAAAAAUCAGGAGGGGGAAAAGGCAGAGCCCCCAGAAAAUAGUUUCAUGGCAGUUAGCUAUGGUUUUCAGGCAUUUGUGGCACCAAGGCUUAAGAAUUCUAUAGAGGAUUCUUGCUUGAAGAGUCAAAUUUUAGGGUCUAGGGCAGCGUUGGCAAAUGUUUUCAAGAUCAUGUGCCCAAACUGCAACUUCAAGCAUCCUGUGAACUUCCCACAUUAUCCCAGACAGUGGAGGGAGGACGUGUUCACAUUGGGCAGCUGGACAGAGUGGUGGGGCAUGCAAAAAAUAUCCUCAGUUGUAGUGGAGAAAGGGGAAAGAACAGCCUCCUCCAUGCUAUGGUGGUACCCAGGCCACAGCUUCACCAACAUGGGUCUAGGAUAAAAGUUGACCAAAAGAAUGAAAGAAGUGACAGAGGAAGAGCCUAUUAAACAAACUCAGAACUAUCGGUGGUUCCCAAGGUAUGUCACAAAGACAGUUCCUAAUUAAAGAUCAUCCUUUUUAGGAAACAGGUUUUGAAGGGCUAUUUUGAUUCCCAUGUAGAUUUCCCUACAUAGAUUUUCUCAGAAAACAAAGUCAGGCAUCUUUGUAUCCUUUUCUUAAUCUGUAGAAUUUAGAUUAGAAAAAAUCCUAACCUUAAGGUGCAACCCUUUGCUCUGAUUAAGGAGAUUUUAGGCAUAGCAAAUUUGUUGAGGAUAAUUUUUCAAGACAAUGGCAUAGAAGUCAAUUGGGGCAAGGUGAUUGGCGAUGGGGGUCGACAUUAAAGAACAUGUGAUGUAUUGAGAUCUUAUGUGCUGAGGACUGAUGUUAGGACCAGUCCUCUUUUAGAGAGUAACUACAGAAGGCAAAGAAUUCUGUGGGCAGCUAUUGAGAGCUUUAAAUUACAGUAUCUGUUUACAAAACUCUCUAGGAUUGACCAAUUGUGUGGAUUAUAUAAAAUUUUGUGAGUAAGCUAUUAAAAAAAUUUUAGAAUCAGAAUAUUUCAAUUGAGCAGGAACUUGUGCAAGGAACUUCUUUAGAACUUUAGAACAAUAAACUUGAGCAGGAAUUUCUUUAGAAGAUGAAUUUAAUUAGCAAACUUUAAGCCCAGUUAAAUACUAUAUAUGCACGACAAAAACAAGCUACCCUCUGCUUUCAGAGUUCACAAUCAAUGCCCCCUCGAAGGAAAUGACUUCCCUCUGACAAUAACUGGUACAAUAGUAGCUUGUGGAUCCCAGGAACUUACCAAUGGAAGUAUCAUAUCCACCAGUAGGUUCUGACUCAUUAGUUUUCUCUCAAAAACCAAAUGCCUUAGGAAAUUUUUAAAGCUAUCCAUAGGACUUAACACUAUUUCUCCCAGACCCAAAUGGAUAGUUGUAAAUGUUUAGAGGUUUAAUUCUGGGAUUCUUGCAUCCUUUCUCCUGACUUCUCUUCCCAAAAAUCAUUAUGUUGUUGGACUGAGUAAAAAUUACACAGCUGAGUAUUAGGGGCAAGUUCAACUCAAAGAGAAGGUGAGAAUUGAUGCAAAAAAAAUUUUAUAAAAGAGGCAUGAAUAAACCAUUUAAAAUGAAAUUUUUUCUUAGUGCCUUUAGUACUCAGUCUCUGUGAAAUACUUAUUGCAAGAUCUAACAAAACCUUUUAGAUUGGACUAUUUCAAUUAGCCACUUAAGAUCACAGUGUCAUAAUUGUUCAAGGCAACUUGAGCUGAGAUGGUUCAAAGAAUCUGAGAGGCUGAGUGAUCAAGUUCAGUUAGACUGCAAGAUUAUUUGCUGAGUGCUAGCUCAUUUAAUUCUCAAUGACAACAGCAGGGACUCCAGGAACCAUCAGGGAACACCAACUCCAGUAGGAAAGGCUGUGACAAAACAUGAUUUAGGAUUUAUAGUGAAAAAGAGAGAUACAAAUUCUAGAGUAUGCUAGGAGUCCAAAGGCCAGAGACAUCAGUGAGGGUAAAAGUGAUCAGAAAAGGCUUUGCUGAGGUGAAAUUUGAACUGGACCCUAAUGGAUUCGUAUAUUUAUAAUAUGACAUUUAAAAGAAGAAACUCCAUCUGUUUUCACCAAACAUUAGCUGGCCUUUAUCAGUGCAAAUGUAGAAUUUUAACAAAGCACUUUUUCUCUUACUUACCACCCUUCCCUUUCCGAGUCCCCCUCCCAAAAUUUUUUGUUGACAGGGAAAGGGUUCCUUUUUUCCAUAUAGAGGAAAAUGUUUCACAUGCCGUAGAUCCUGUUUCUGUCAUGCCUCUUCCUCAUCUUUCUCAUUUCAAACCACAGCUGUUUCUUUUUGUGAAAUAGCAUCAGUUUUAUUAGUAGAGUAUAGAUCAGACAUCAGUGGGGCCCUUUCCAUUUUUGUUUCUCUUGGCUGUGGCCUCAUGCAGAGCUACAUAGCCCUGGGAGCUACGCCCUGGUGGGAAAGUCCCAAAUUCACCUAACCAGUCCUACAAGUCUCAUUACACCUCAGAAAACACCUUAGAACUGGGGAAAAGGGGCCGGGGGAGCCAUUUUCAUUCCCUUUUUUUCUGUGCUACCAAAAUUAAAAGUGUGAUUGUAUGGUUUUCUAUUAUAGCCGCAAGAAGGCAAAUGAUUAAUCGCAAACAGAAAUAUACUUUUCUUACUUCACUCUUAUAUACAUUAUGUGAAUAGGUCACUUUAUAUUGGAUAGUUUUCUUAUUGCUGAUACCACGGUGAUAUCCAGGGUGUGUUUCCCCAGCUAAGGCACCUCUUUCACAGUAGUGGAAAUGGAAGUGAAGGCUUAUAUCCUGAACAGAGAGAAGAAGAUGGUUUCUGAGCUCAGUACUACAGAGCCAGGGAAUUAACCCAGUGAUGGUGGUAAGGACAGGAGUAAAGAAACAACUGACAGAAUGUGACUGUACUCUCAUUUGCCAGUGAAUUCCUGGAAAUGGUUAAAGGCCACAUCCUUUUUCUUAUAACUGGUGUAUUACUUCAAGGCCAGUUGUAACCAAUUGUAAGAAUAUUUUCUUUGCCUUUCUGAUGACUGAGGGAGAAAAAGGAAACCUGGUAUUGUGAUGUAAUACUUAAAAGAAGUAAACUAAUUAGAGCAUCUAUGAAUGAGGGUAAUCUUACAGGAAUUCUUGGGUGUUUUUGAAAUUCCAUAUUGUCAGAAACUUUAGGGGGAAAUUGAGACUUUGAAAUGAAUUCUGACAUCAGUGUACCUAGUCUAUGUGAUUUUGUAUCUGUUAACAAUUGUUUCAGUAAAACUCAAUACUCAAACAGCCUUACAAUAACCCUGCUCUGAAGUGCAAAAUGUUCAGAAGAAAUUUUUUUAGCCUUCAAGAAAAAAAAUCAAUUUAUUAAAUUGACAUGGGAUGUCUGCAUAUACUGGGCUGUUUGUACUUUUUAUAUACAACUUUAAUAGCUAAUUCUGCAAAGACCAUUUUUUUAGAAAAUUCCAUCACUGACAAUGUUUCAUAAAAAUAAGCACACAGACCCUGGAGGAAAACUUAGCUGUUGUCAUCCAGAGUUCCAGUGGCAUGAAAUGGCGUCUGUGAAAUACAGUUGCACAACUUUUUUUAAACCUCUCUGGGGAUCUGUGCCAUUUUGAAAACAUUGGACUUCCUGGUGGGAUUUAUUAGUAGCCCAAACCCUUCUGUAGCCAUAGAAGAGAUGCAGAAGACAAAAAUACAUAAAAUCCAGGAACUGAUAGGAAAAAUGCAUUUAUUUUACUGUUUCGGUUAGAGAUUUGUAGUCAGUCAUAAGUCAUUUGAUUCCCCAAGCCUCCUGGACAGUUUCUCCUAGACAUACAUAGAUGUCUACACUGCUAGUUUCUGUGCUAGCCCUUACUUUAUCUUGCCAUGCUUAGUUCUGUCCCCAUGGACCUGGUAACUCCUCCCAUGCAUGUUCAGAAACAUUUCUGUGGAAUUUCCACAAGAAAGAAUACGCAGCAUGCCUGCUCACUGGUGUUCUCUCAUAACUAGUAGAGUAGACAAAAACUGAUUUUCAGAAAAACAUGCAUUAAUUAGACUUAAUUCGAAUUCUUUCUAAAAUGAGCUGAAAAAAAUCGGAUGCCACAUUUUUCUGGUUAUCAAUUUUUCAGAAGUCAAACUUUGUUUGCAUCAUGUACCUUUAAGAGAAUGCCUAUAGAUGAUCAAUGAUUAUAUGAUUGUUGGGGGGGUGGGAUUCCUUUCUGGAAAAAUUUGAUUCUUUUCCUGAAGAUUAGUAGUGAGGGAGAUGAUAAUAAACUUCAAAACCACUUGGAAUAGAGGCAGUGAUUCCUCUGGGUCUACAAACUUUGCUAAAAAUUCAAAUAAUAAUCUUUGUUUUAAGAUCUUUUUAGCAGAAUAUUCACUUUUUGAGGCAAUUGCCACAUUGCUUUUAUGAUGUUAAUUUUUUAACAACCAAAAAAAAAAGGCCACUGGAAAAGCACUAAUCCUGCAAAUUACCAGAAGAUCCACAUUUAUAUUUGUAAGAAGGAAGCUUUAUUUUAUCAAUAAACAACUACUAAGAAAUGUAAAGGCCAUUUGAAUGUCAAAUAACAUCUGGAAUUUUGAGAAAAAACCCAAGAAUGAUGUAUAAAUUACUGGCAUUGGUUUUCUUACUUCUUAAAACCUUUACUCCUUGUUUGCAUGAUCUGCUUUGUUAAAUAUACUAAUUGUAGUUUGGAAGCAAGUGUGUAUGAAUAAAGAUAAUGAUCAUUG